AUGAAGCUGACAAGCACGCGCUAUCUACAUGGGGAGAUACGUGCCUACCAUGUUUCUGGUAGUGUGUACGGGCCUCUAGAGCCGUCGGCGACCUACAGGGUUGAGUGCUCUGACAAGCAACUGCACCAUGCGGUGGCGCCGAACCUGGACCGGGCUGUUUACACUACCUACCACAGCGUGGUGUGCGUCAGCCAGAACAGUGACGUGCUAUGGCACUAUGACCUAGAACCUCGCUCCAUCCAGCGCUACUUGCGUCAUCCCAGAUGCAUGUUCUCCCUGGACGGGGCCUGGGUGUGGGUGUAUCGCCCCGACGCCAUGGCCGACCGUGGCCCUGAUAUAUUAGUCGUGUUACGCGCCGACACAGGCGAGGAAGUCGCUAGGACAGAGCUAGAUAGCGUUGGGGAGGGAGCUGAGCUCGCCCUACAUCCCGACGGACGGCAUAUCCUGCUAGAUGUAGGGGAGGGUCAGGAUGGUGUGAAAUUAUACCGAGCAGCAUUCACUGGCGAUGACAUCGACUUACACUCUUAUGGGUGGGACGAUCGCUGCUUGGUCGACGUGGCGCCCGAUGGCCAGUGGUUCAUGACGGUCGACCAUGGCCGGCAAGACGUCGCCUUUCAUGUCUUUUCUAGUGGCGAGGUAGUACUGCGGAUGCCAGUUGAAACAUUUGGCUACCAGUAUUUUGGGGAUGAUGAAGCACGUAUGCACUGGAACGGCGGCUUCCUCAAUGCGGACAUCGCGGUCGUCACGAUCGCGGGCGAGAAGGACGAUAUAGAGUGGCACCGCCACUAUAGCAUCGACCUACGCACAGGUACACCGCGCGGCCGCUUCGAGGCAUACUCGCGAGACGGCACCUGGAUUGUCUCCGGCCCUGACGGCAGCGCCGUCCGUCGCCGGCUGUCCACGACGGACCAAGCAUGCUGGCUAUCAGGAAAUGCAUAUCCUUGA